AAAACUUUCUACAAUCUACACGCCGUACGCGUUACACUAUCUCCCGAAGCAACCUCAAAAUUAAACUUUCAUUCUCUAUUAAAUAAUAAUUCAUUCCCUUUUUCUUCAUCAUCUACAUCAAAUCUGCUUCAAUGGAGCCUCCAAAUCCCCAGCAAUUUCAGCAAUUUCUCAGCAGUGUUCUGUCUCAGCGUGGUCCAUCUGCACUUCCUUAUGCUGAAGAUGUGAAAUGGCUGAUCCGUCAACAUCUCCUUUCUUUAAUCGAUAUGUAUCCUUCACUUCAGCCGAAAACUGCUUCAUUUACUCAUAAUGAUGGAAGGACUGUGAAUCUAUUGCAAGCUGUAGGUACUGUUCCGAUGGUUUAUUUAGAUCGCACGUAUAAUAUUCCGGUGAUUAUUUGGUUGAUGGAAUCUUACCCACGUCAUCCGCCGUUGGUUUUUGUGAAUCCGACUAGGGAUAUGGUUAUUAAGAAACCUCAUCCGUUUGUGAAUCCAUCUGGGAUUGUGUCGAUUCCGUAUUUGCAGAAUUGGAUAUACCCUAGUUCGAAUCUUGUUGAAUUGGUUCGUAAUUUGAGUCAUUUUUUUGGAAGGGAUCCUCCGCUUUAUGCGAAAGUACAAGCACAUCCAUCAAACCCUAACCCUAGUCCUAGGCCUACCCCUACCCCCAACCCUCAUCCUCCGCCAAGUACGAGUUUUCCUAAUCACAGCUCGCCAGUUGGGUCAUAUGGGAUUCGGCCCGCGAUACCUCCUCGGCCAGUUCAACAACCACCUUAUGGUGCAGUGAAACAUGAUGAUCCGGAGGAGGUUUUUAAGCGGAACGCGACAGAUAAGCUGCUUGUUGACUUGCAUAAUGAUAUAGUUGGGUUGAGGAAUGCACAGGAGAAGGAUAUGGAUGGGUUGUUUAAUGCUCAGGGAGUGUUGAAGCAGCGGGAGGAGCAGUUGAAACAAGGGUUAAAGGAAAUGCAGGAUGAGAAAGAGGGGUUGGAGCAGCAAUUACAGAUGGUUUUGAUGAAUAGUGAUGUAUUAGAGGGAUGGCUGAGGGAGAAUGAGGGGAAAGCGACCAAUUUAGGGAAUGUGGAUGUGGAUACAGCCUUUGAGCCGUGUGAUAGUCUUUCCAAGCAGAUGCUGGAUUGCACGGCAUCAGAUUUGGCGUUAGAGGAUGUGAUUUAUUCGUUGGACAAAGCUAUACAAGGCGGGGCAAUACCAUUUGACCAGUACUUGAGGAACAUCAGGUUGUUGUCGCGCGAGCAAUUCUUUCAUCGUGCUACAGCAUCAAAAGUUAGGGCUGCUCAGAUGCAGGCUCAAGUUGCUAAUAUGGCUGCUAGAACAUCACAAUAUGCAUUGUGAUAGACAUCUGAUCACUUGCAGGUGUGUUUGCAAUAGACUGAAGGUCAAUAUAUUUCUAGAUUGGUUACUUGUGAAUAAUUGUCAAUGUGCUAUAUCUUUACCAAUAGAUUUUGACACUACAUUUUGGUGCGGGUGUUUAAUUGGUAUUUAUUGGUUGUAUCGUUUUGUUACCAAAAGUAUAAUCACACAUAAAAGGGAUUUUCCGUACAAUGAUUUCACGAUUUUCAUUUCUGUCAAGUCAUCCCACUUCUAUGGGAUUGUGAUGUUGGACCAAGAUUAGUGUUCUGUCACUCUCCCAAAAUUGAGUAGUAAGAGGUUCAAUGGCGAACAACAUUCUGUUCAAAUGCAUAUGCAUAUCUUUGUGUACUUAACUUUCUAGCAAUGUAGCAUGAGUUUCUCCAUC